UGAUCCCAAGUCAUAUAUAUCUCUGAACAGAGUUCCUUAUCGGAUCUAGGGUUCACAAAAUCCAAUUUCUGCAACAGAGUUCCCAAAAAUCUCAAUUUGCCCCCUAAUUCUCUUCAAAUCCUCACGUUUUCUUACCCAAUUAUCAAAUUCAGGUCCAAACACAAAGUAUCAAGACCAAUUCAGAUUCUGGGUGUGCGAUAAUCCAAGAAGAGCUUUGCAAUUUUGGGGGAAAUCAAAGUGGGUUGGUAUUUGAAUUGACAAAUUCAGGUUGAAGUUCAAGUUUGGGGUUGAAUUCUCAUUCUGAUUACGUGAAAUUUGAGAGUUCUGAUAUGGGUGCUAAUUUUUCCUCUUAUGAUGGGGAUUCUGCUGCUUUGGGACCAUGGCUUGGGGAUAUACCUGAGGGUUGUGUGGCAUUGGCGUUUCGUGAUGCUUCAUUUGCAGAUUUUAUCUGGGAAUCGAAGUUGCCUUUGAAUUAUAAGUUUAUUGUAGAGAAAGCUUUGGGGGAUGCUUCUGUUGCAGAAUUGGGGAAGAGGGAUGUUUAUGCAGCACUCUGCAGGCCUAAUUUGUUUGACAAUGAAACCAAGGAAAUUUGGCUAGAUAAGAGGACGGGUGGAGUUUGUUUGGCGAUUUCUUCCAAAGCGUUGAGGAUUACAGGGAUAGAUGAUCGGAGAUAUUGGAAUCACAUUGCGACUAAAGAGUCAAGGUUCCAUACAGUUGCAUAUCUUCAACAAAUUUGGUGGCUUGAAGUGGAAGGAGAUAUUGAUUUCCAAUUUCCACAUGGAACAUACAGUGUGUUCUUCAGACUCUACCUUGGCAGGUCAUCCAAGAAGCUGGGUCGUCGAGUUUGUAAGACUGAGCACAUCCAUGGUUGGGAUAUAAAACCUGUCAAAUUUCAGCUUACGACUUCUGAUGGCCAACAUGCUGAAUCCCAUAGUCAUUUGGAUAAUCCAGGGCACUGGGUCCUCUACCAUGCAGGAAACUUUGUUUCUAAGAAUUCAAAUGAUUUGAUGAAUAUCAAAUUUUCAUUAUCUCAAAUCGAUUGCACUCAUACGAAAGGUGGUUUGUGUGUAGACUCUGUACUUAUAUGCAACAGUAAUGCAAGAAAAGAGCUGUAAAUUGUUUUUGUAGGUAGGAAAGUGUUACAGAGUUGGAUUUUGCGAUUUUGGAUGUAGGGGAGUUUAAUAUAGGUCAUAAUUGAAAAUAUCUCCAAAAAAUUGCUUCUUUUAGAUGUUUUGGUUCUCUAAUAGGACAAUGUUUUAGACUUUUAGUAGGCUGCACAUAUUUAUUUUACCCCUUUUUUGGCCUGGAAUGUAUUUGUGACUCAUGUAUAUCUCCUCUUUCAUUGAUGUUGGGAAUUGAUUGUUGUGUUUUCUCAGAAUGAAACGAGUCAUGUGUUCAAACUUCA